GGCCGUAGUAAUUCUCCGCAGCAGCUGACACUUCUGUAGUCAGGAGGAGAAGGUCUGGGGUCGCGAAGUAGCUCAGUUGCAGCAGCAGCAGCAGCAUCAUGGCGGAGCAAGGCGGAUCUCCUGCUCCUGUCCAGAAUCCGCAACCAGUGCUGACAAUGAGCUGGCCAAUUACCAGGGAGUCUUACGAGUUACAGGAAGUCAUAGGCAGUGGGGCCACAGCCGUAGUGCAGGCUGCCCUCUGCACCCCCAGACAAGAACGCGUGGCCAUAAAGAGAAUAAACCUGGAGAAAUGCCAGACCAGCAUGGAUGAGCUAUUGAAAGAAAUUCAAGCCAUGAGCCAAUGCAACCAUCCAAAUGUUGUCACCUACUACACCUCAUUUGUGGUAAAGGAUGAACUUUGGUUAGUCAUGAAACUUCUGAGUGGAGGAUCCAUGUUGGAUAUAAUAAAGCAUACCUUUAGCAAAGGAGAGCACAAAAAUGGAGUCCUUGAUGAGCUCAUCAUUGCAACCAUACUGAAAGAGGUCCUUGAGGGACUUGACUAUCUGCACAGAAAUGGACAGAUUCACAGGGAUGUGAAGGCUGGGAACAUCCUGUUGGGAGAGGACGGCUCUGUUCAGAUUGCAGAUUUUGGAGUUAGUGCCUUUUUGGCCACUGGAGGGGAUAUGACCAGAAACAAAGUACGGAAGACCUUUGUGGGCACACCAUGUUGGAUGGCCCCUGAAGUAAUGGAACAGGUACGAGGCUAUGAUUUCAAAGCAGACAUUUGGAGUUUUGGAAUCACUGCCAUAGAGUUGGCCACAGGGUCUGCACCUUACCACCGAUACCCACCCAUGAAGGUCUUAAUGCUGACCUUACAGAAUGAUCCCCCCACCUUAGACACGGGUGUGGAGGAUAAAGAGAUGCUGAAAAAAUAUGGGAAAUCAUUUAGGAAGCUAAUAACCCUGUGCCUUCAGAAGGAGCCCGCCAAGAGGCCUACAGCAACAGAACUUUUGAAAUGUAAAUUUUUCCAGAAGGCCAAGAACAGAGAGUAUCUGAUUGAAAAGCUGCUAUGCAGAGCACCGAACAUAACCCAGAGAGCCAAAAGGGUGAGGAGAGUCCCAGGGUCCAGCGGCCAUCUGCACAAGACGGAAGACGGAGACUGGGAGUGGAGCGAUGAUGAGCUGGACGAGGGGAGCGAGGAGGGCAAGGCUGCUGUCAAUCAAGGCAGGUCGCGAAGGGUCAGAGAGGAGAAGGAAGAUGAAAACGAAGACGAUGAGGAGAACGCCAACACUAUUCCCAUUGAAGGGCUAUCCAUUCAGCAUCCACAGGUUCAACCAUUUGAGAAGAACGCAGAGCCCUAUAUUCAAGGUGCUCUAAAUAUGGUCCUAAGGCUAAGGAACUCCAAGAAGGAGCUGAAUGACAUCCGGUUUGAGUUCACCCCUGGCCGAGACACUGCCGAUGGGGUUUCCCAGGAGCUAUUCUCAGCUGGCCUUGUCAAUGGGCACGAUGUUGUUGUCGUUGCUGCUAACCUUCAGAAAAUUGUAGAUGACCCGACUACCUACAAAGUGUUGACCUUUAAACUGGUCUCUGGCUGUGAUGACACUGAGAUCCCAGACAAUGUGAAGUUGAUUGGCUUCGCCCAGCUGAGUGUUAGCUGAUGCCCGCCUCAUCGUGGCCAUAGCAGGUGAGAUGGAGGAGUCAGGUCAGACAGACGCCCCUUCCUUUCUUACAUUCUCCCCUGCCCCGAUGCCCAGCUCUGUCACAGAUCCACUCCGCUAGCUCCUCCCCCGCCCCGCCACUGGCUCACUGCCCCCCCCCCGCCCCCCAGGCUAGGUCAUGUGUACGGAACAGGAUUCAGCCAAGAAAACUAAAGAUGUUCUCAGGUGGUUAUAGCUGGGGAUAAAACAGUGGCUUAGGGUUGUGUUUUUUUAUUUAUUAUGUUACCUCUGCUUUCAGCGAAGCUCUUACUAUUAUUUAUUGAAUUUAUAAACUUUUAUUUGUUUCUCACCGUCAUGUUUUCAUGGUGAAAAAUAUUUGCUUCUUCAACUUCCAUUUCACAGACUACUCAUUUGAGAUCAAGAAAUGUUUCCCUUAGCUCUGUGUUGUAGUCCCUCUUCAGAAUGUAAGAUUUCAUUUGAUGGAAGAAGCACAUUUUCAUGAUAACAUUAUGAAUGUUGUAAAAGGAAUGAACUGUACUGUGUAUAGAUGAACGUAAACCAAUACAUUGAAGGAACCCGUUUUCGUUGAAAGUGAAUGAUAGGUGAAACCUGAAUGCUGCCGUGUGUAAUGUGCUGCUUAUUCAUAUGACAGUGUUGAUGCUUAAAAAUGCUAGAGGUGCCUUGUUCAUUGAUCUAUACCUAAGAACGUAGGUAAUGAGUGAGACCGCGAAAAGCAGAACUUGUUUAUGUUGGUUGAUUUAAGACCAUUUCACAAACAUACAUCUGUAUAUUCCAGCAGUGAUACAACUCAAUGGUAGUAUUUUCUCAAGUCAAUAGUUAUCCUCUAAGGACAAGCUACAAUGCACUUUUGGGCAGAGUAUAUGCACCUGACAAAACAAUGCUUAGCCCUGGGAGACUCACGUUAUGAAUUGUAAUGAGAAUUUAACCUGUAUGCUUUGUCGUCAGACAACAAUGGUCAUUUGAAACAUAACACAAACCAUAAUCCUGUAAUAUGCUUCAGCUGAUGUGUUUUCGGAAACCAAAUUAAUUGAUAAAGGGCUCUAUUCAAUCAGAUCCGCUUUAGCCAGCAUCCGCAUAGCGGUUGCUUUGUUGGUGUUGGAGGUGGAACUGCGGUAGAGCUGUCACAUCCACAAGUGGCUCCUGGCAUUAUACCUAAAGCGGACAUUGCCAUUGGUGGCACCAAGUCGCAUUAAGAGAAAUGCCAUGCAGCCUCGUUUACAAUUUCGAACACUGGAAUGUGAGAUGUCAUCUACACCUCGAUUAGGCUGGUAGAAAUUAAUCGAUGAAUGAUUUUCUAUUUAAGUGUCGUAAUUUCUAUAUAGCCUACACUUUCUCAUUCUGAACUUCUAAUGGGAGUGGGCUUCGUGACAAUGAUCAAGAGCAGCUGCUCACCGAUUUGACAGCUCCAACGCAGUUAAACUUAUGACACCGCCAGAAACAUCAGCUAUGUGGGUGUGGGCUACCGACGGUUAAUGCUUGAUCUGAUUAAAUCUAGGCCAAAAUCUUGAAAAAUGUAGUUUCUUGCUCUGUCUUACUGCACUACAAGAUGUUUUUUCCUAAAUAUAUUAGUCUGAAAUGUACUGUAUAACAAUGCAUCUGCAAACGAAACCCAAAGGCAACUAUUGAAAGGUUGAUGAGCCAUUUGUUUGUCCAAACAAUUACAGUAGCUCUAAAUUAUAAUUAUUUUCUGAAGUGGAAAAUAAAUAUUAACUUGUACUAAAUACGUUAUUUGAAUAGCAAAAUGAAUGUGUUUUUUUAUGUACAGUAUGUGUACCAUUUCUGCAUAUUAUCUUUGUUCCCUUUCUGUAAUUGGCCGAUUUAAACAUUUCUGCAUAUUAUCUUUGUUCCCUUUUCUGUAAUCGGCCGAUUUAAACAUUUCUGCAGAGGAGCAACAAAUAAAAAUUAAUUGCAAUUAUUAAA